AUGAGGGGUGUCAGGACAGGCGAGGGGAGGUGGCGGGGCUCGAGGUUGGAGCUGAAGAGGGCCACGAGUGGUGCUGCGCUGACGCCAGGCUGGGGUGCGGGCAGGAAGUCUCAGCAGGAGGGUCUUGGUGGGAGGAAGGGGGGGCCCACAGGGCUUUGUGAGCUGGGACUGCCCUACGGCCUCACGGCGGCCAGGACUGAGGAACUCGAGCGGCCCUCCACUGUCCUCUUUGCCCCUGGACCCCUAACUCACCAGAGAGAGCGAGGAGCAGGGUGGGGAACCCACCCAGCCUGGGCAGCCCUUCAGGCUCACAGCGACGCAAAGGACCUGGCAACCGACAACAGAAAGCUGCUUGGUAACCGUGGUGAUUCUGACCAAGACUUUUUCUCCAGUAGAGUCCAGGACAGAGUUCCAGCUCCAUCUUCCCAACCUGAACGGUAUGACACAAUGUUAAAGGGAGUAGACGCCCCAGAAUCUGGAGCAGCCAGGUGUGAAAAAUACAGACUAAUACGUAUCAAAAAGUCAAACCAUUUCAGCCACCAAAAGCAUCAUGUUUGUCCUGAAUGUGGAAGAGACUUUUGUCAGAGAUCAGAUCUGAACAAGCACCAGCAGACACACACAGGGGAGAAGAAGCCUUACCUGUGCCCUGAGUGUGGGUGCCAGUUUAGCGAGAAGACCUCUCUCACCAUACAUCAGAGGAAGCACUCAGGAGAUGUGUACAGGGAACGAGGAUGAUACUUCAGGUAUACAUCCUUUCUCACUAACCACAAGAGGAUUAACACUGGGGAGAGACCCUUUGCAUGGUAGAAAUGCAGGCAAGUCUUUUGCCAGAAGAUAGCCCUUAUUCUAUACCAGAGGACACACUUGGAGGAGAAGCCCUCUGUGUGUCCCGAGUAUGGGAGAGGUUUUUGCCAGAAGGUACCACUCCUCCAACACCAAAGCUCAUACACAGGGGAGAAGCCCUUCUUGUGCCUUGAGUGUAGAUGUGGCUUCAGACAGCAGUCACUAUUAUUCAUCAGUCACCAGAAUAUACACUCAGGAGAGAAGCCUUAUGCCUGUGGUGAGUGUGGACACAGCUUUCACUAGAAGAGUACCCUCAUCAGACACCAGAGAACACACACAAGAGAGGAGACUCACCUGUGCCCCUGACUCACCUGUGAGUGAGGUUUUAGCCAGAAGGUCACCCUCAUCAAAUACCAGAGAUACACAGGUGAGAUGCAUUACCUGUGCCCUGAAUCUGGACGUGACUUUGGGCCGAAGUACCUCAUCAAACGCUAGAGGACACACACAUGGGAGAAGCACUAUCUUGGCUCCGAGUGUGGGCGUGCUUUUGGUUUUAGGUCACUCCUUACUAGACACCAGAGGACACACUCCGAGGAGGAGCUUUAUGUAGACAGGGUGUGUAGGCAAGAACUUGGUCCAAAGUGACACCUCAUCUCUGGUCAGAGAAUGUAUUCAGGAGAGAAACUUUGUGUUUGUGAGUGUGGACAUGGCUUUGGCUUUUAGUCUGCCCUCAUCUGACAUCAGCAGACUCACUCUGGAAAGAAACCAUAUGUAUGCAGGGCAUGCAGGCAUGUCUUUAGCCAGAAGUCACACUUGCACAAACCAAGUCUUUAG